AUGGCUAGUGAUGGUGAUGCCGACGACGCACGGCGAAUUAACGAAGAGUUGCGGGCCUAUAUGUCCGCGGAUAUAAAUCGGUUGAUACAAGAGCACUUGUGCCAGCAGCAGCAGCAGCAGCCGACGGUCCCUCGCCACAUCCAUCAUUUAGCUGUAGUCCCCUGGGACCACGUCGGUGCCCACCAACGGUUGUAUGACGACUACUUCGCUAAGCAGCUGCGGUUUGGGGAGACCUUCUUCCGACAGCGUUUUAGGAUGCACCGGCCGUUAUUUAUGAGUAUCGUGAACACUUUAGAGCGUUGGUACAAGUAUUUCCGGUUCAGAGAGGAUGCGAGUGGCAGACCCGGUCACUCACCCAUACAGAAGCACACUGCCGCAAUCAGAUUGUUGGCCUACGGAGGCCCGGCCGACAUGUUCGAUGAGUACUUUCACAUAGGCGAGACGACUGCCCGCGAGUAUCUAUAG